GUGGCGGACGAAGAUAGGAUAGCGUGGCCAUGGACCAAUGACACUGCCUCUCUCAUCAAAGCAUUUGCCGAUUACAAUCGCUUUGCAGUGAUUCAAGGUUCAGUGAAGAAUGAAACAGUGCCUCUCUUCAAUUCUAGUGAGCUUUUUCGCUUCUACCAGGUAUAUCAGGUCGCUACCUCAACUGGAUGGCAAGUAGCGGGGACUAAGCUUCUUAGCCUCAACCACACCACAGUCGAAAUUUCAACAGCCUUCGUAACCGUGGUGCUUCUUCUCGUGCUCUUUACCGUCGCCGGUAGCAUCAGGUAUAUUUGGUUCUACCACCGCAACAAGGACACGCUGGAAGCUCUCUUCGUGCCGGACGGUACAAUCGAUUGGAUGCUACACGCAGCAAAAGCUGCCCACACUAACCUAGAGGUCGGGGUGAAAGAUCGCGUUCAUUUUCAAAAAGCCAUUUUCGGAAAGCGACCUUCGAGCACUCCAAUAUGCAGGCUUGCUCGUGUGCAUAGU